AUGGGCUGGGAGCCGCCAGGGAGAUAUUUAUGGCACUUGCUGCCAUUAUUGCUGGCUCUAGCGUUACGCGCGACACCUAUCGACGCUGUCAUUUGUACUCAAUGCCCGUAUUCUCCAGAACCGCCACAUUUAAAUGAUUGUCAAGAUGAAUGCCACGGAGAUGUGUGCUAUAUUGUCGUCAACAAGUACUUCAACGGAACCAUCAUCGCUGGGUGCCUGAAGCUGAGGGAGGGCGAUCGGUUUUUGGGGAAGAAUGUUUGUCAUAGGGAGGAGACGAGAACAAUCUGCGGCUGUGACGGUCGUGAUCACUGUAAUCACCCUCAAACCCCGCUGGCCACCUUCGAAUUCGUUGAUGAGCCGGUGUUCGCCAAAUUUGAAACCAUUCCACAGCUGCAAUCAGCAGCUGCUUCCAAUGAGAGUACAGUAGCUCCAAAGAAAGUGGAAACUACCACAGAAAAAAUCGUUGAGGUCCAAUCAUCGAUGUUUGUGAAAGAUGUAGAAUCCAAGAUUGAUACUUCGACAAGCGCUCCACUCCUUCGCACAAUCUCUCCAGAAGGCGGCAACAACAUUACCGAGCUCGCCGAGAUUCAGAAGCCCAGCGCCACCAGACUCACCUCGCCCUCUCCAAUUCUAGAGGAUACUGAAGAAACGGAGGAGAUCCAAGGUCCACAAGAAAAACCUGCGAUGUCGAUGAUGAGCUUAGCGAGGAGAAAGGGGAAA